GCAGGCAGAGCGGGAAGCGAUGCCUCAGGCUGCCUUGGCGCCGAGCGGGAGUGCUGCCAUUCCUCGCGCGAAAGGCAAAGGCCGGCGGGCAUGGUGCAUCAUCGGCGCGCUACUCGACGGUACCGCGACAGCCGUGCGACUGAGGGACGGGGAGAGACGACGCUAGGAAGAAGCACACGCGACGAUGCCCGAGCCGGCACCCGGAUGCGCUCCGAGGCCGGCCCGAGGGCAGGUAGCACACUACGGCUAGUGCCAGCGCUCAAAUGCCGAUGUGCAAGGGCUCGCAGCACCCUCGCGCAACGUCGAGCUUGGACGCGAAUUGGUAAUGACGGCCGGGUCAGGAGGAGGAGAGGGAGCGAUGCCGAUGAGGUGCAGCGCCGCCUUGCACCGCAGCCGGGCUUUCCUGCGCCGCUGCCGCUGGAAGAGCAUGCUCGUGGCCGAGCGCGCAGUCGCAGCAUCGGCCAUGCGCUUCAUCAGCUCGCAGGAAAGAAGGCCGAUUGGAAUGCUGCGUGCCCGGGCAACGGGGUCCAAAUUCCACCGUUUCGGCCGUGAUGCCGCGGUGGGCAGAGCAGCGCCGCCGUCGCAGCGCUCCUGCUCGCCCUCGUUGCGCGGCUCCGAGGCGGCAUCGGGUGCGGGUCCAUGAGAUGGCCGUCCGUCAUAUCACACCCACGUGCGCUCGCUGGGAGAUAGAAGCGGGGCGAGCCGACG